AUGACGUUUUAUUUAGCAUUUUUAAAUGAGUUUCCAUCUUUCCUUUUAUCUUCUCCAAUAUUAUCAGAUCUGAGGAUCCAGAGAAAAACUGGAGCUGGAAAGAGCUCAUCUGGAAACAUAAUCCUGGAACAGAAGGUAUUUGAAGCACACCUAUUUUCUGAAUCUGUGACUGAGGAAUGCCAACAGUAUCAGCAGAAGGUGGAGAGUAGAAAAAUCUCAGUGAUCGACACUUCAGGACCAUCUGAUUCAUCAAUCAGUGAAGAACAACUGAAGGAGGAAAUACUGAAGUGUGUCGAGAUGUCUGUUCUUGGUCCUCAUGGAUUCCUGGAUGAAAAAAUCACAGAUGAAGAGGAGACAGUGAAAUGGAUUCAGGAGAACUUUGGAGAAGAAGCUGCACGUUACACCAUCAAUAUGUUCACUAGAGGAGAUCAGUUAAAUACACCUAUAGAGUAUGAAUGUAUGACAACAGAUGAUCAGAUUAAUGAGGCAGGUAAAGGCAGGUAUCAUGUUUUUAGUAACACAGAUGUUGAAAAUCGAUCACAGGUCACUGAGAAGAUUGACAAAAUGGUGGAGGAGAAUGGAGGACAGCAUUACGCAAAUGAGAUGUACCAGGAAACUCAGAGAAGGAGUUUGGAAGAGGAGGAAAACCCGGAAGCGGAAGAACCAUUGAGUUUGGCUCAGAAAGCAGCAUUUGUGGGAGCAGGCAUGUUAGGAGGAGUAAUUGGAAUAGCAGGAGCGGUUGUUGGAGGUGUAGCACAUGGAGCAAUUGGCUUAGUAGCAGCACCUGUAGCUUUAAUAGCAGCAGGAGUUGCCCUCAUGGCAGAAGGAGGUGCAUUAACUAUUGAACAUGCAUUAAAAGUUUGCAAGGAGCAGAAGGGAAAUGAGGGAAACUAAAGAGAGUUAAGGGAGGAAGGAUCUGAACAGGAUGUUAUAAACAAUAAUUCAAGCAUGACUACAAUGUAAAAUAUAAAUGAAGUAAAAAGAACUGUUCAAGUGCUCUGAUAAUCACUUCAACACUAAUACUAUUAAUAAUACUAUUAAUUAUGUACUAUUACUGACUGUUGCUGACAAUGUUAUGAACUAAAGUUUUUGAAAUCCAGUUAUAGAUCUCAUUGUCCAAUAUUUAGCAUAUUUCUGUACAGCAGGGGCUUUUGGUUGUACAGAUGGUAGACAAC